AUGAAAUCAUUUAAUUCAUUAGACUUUUUUCUAAAUGUUAAUGAAGGAUGGUCAACUCAAGGCACUACUUAUAGUGUUACCAAUAUUGAUGAAUGCUUAAGUAAAUUAAAUGUUAUUAUAUAGAGUUUAAGUAUCUAGUUUCCAAUAGAUAUCAUUUAAUUAAAUUUUUUGAGUUAGAUUAUCAUUAUUCAAUAAGUUUUGAACUAAAAUUGCUAAUUUUUAAGCUAUAAUAAAAAAAUAUACAUAUUUAUAUUGAUGAUGUUUUAGUAAAUACAAUUAAUAAUGUUAAUUAAAAACUAAAAUUUGCAGUUGAUUUAUGUAAUAGCAUUUCUAUGUAGGAAAUAAAUAUAGUUUAAUAUCAACAUCUUAAAACAUAAUUAAAAAUAGAAAUUAAAGUUGAAUUUUAUGAUAAUACUAAUAUUAUAAAUCCAUAUAUAGGAAUUAGAGAUUUUUAAUUAUUUCUCAGAAAAAGAUCAUUUGAUGAUGGAUGCUUUGAUAAUAAUAUUGAUCCUUUUGAUGGUUGUUUUUCGAAUAAUUAUGAUUGUAUUCAAGGAUGCGGAAUUUGUAUUAAAGGUAUUUGUUAUGGUUGUUUGGUUGGAUGGGAAUUAGAUCAAUAGACUUAAAUUUGUAUUCCUUAUUGUGGAGAUGCUAUUAUUACAUUUAAUGAGGAAUGUGAUGAUGGUAAUCAAAAUCCUUAUGAUGGAUGUCAUGAAUGCAAAUAUUCUUGUGAUAAUAAUUGUAAGAAGUGUGAAUUUGGAAAAUGUUUGGAGUGUGAAAAUUAACAUAUAUUAUUAGAAGGUAACUGCUAUGAAAUCUGUUCCGAUUAAGACAAUAUGAAAUUUAAAGAAAAUGUGGGAUGCUUUGAUUUUAUUAAAAGUGAAGGAUACUAAUAACAUUUCAUUUUUAAUAAUUUAAAUUUAGAUGGGAGUUUUUUAGAUUGUAAUCCAUUAAGUUUCGGAGUAUUUGGAUAUUAAUAUCACCAAUGUAAAUUUGGAUUAAUUAGUAAUUGUAAACUUUAAAAGUAUGGAAAAUGUUUGGAAUGUUUAGAUGGAUAUGAAUUUGAUUUUCAUAAAAAUCAAUGUAUCCAUAAAUGUUUAGAUGAAAUAAUAUUAUAUUAAGAAAUUUGUGAUGAUGGAGUUUAAUUGGAUGGCUGUUACAAAUGCUAAAAAAGUUGUUAAAUAGAAUGUCUAUUUUGCUUUUAUGAUAAAUGCUAUCUUUGUCAAGAAGGUUGGCAACUUCAAGAUUAUUCAUGUAAAUAAAUCUGUGGAGAUGGCUAAUUAGCAAUCUUAUCUAACGAAUAAUGUGAUGAUCUUGAAGAUGCAUAUUGUGUUAAUUGUAAAUAUCAAUGUAAUCCUGACUGUGAGAUUUGUGAUAAAUUCUAAAAUUGUGAGAUUUGCAAAUCUCCUUUAAUUAAUAUAGAUGGAAAAUGUUUACCAGUUUGCGGAGAUAAUAUUGUUACUCCUGUUCUUGAAUAAUGUGAUGAUGGCAAUGAUAUCCCAUAUGAUGGUUGUUAUAAAUGUGAAUUUUAAUGCUCUUAUGGAUGUAUUAAAUGCGAAAAGGAUAAUCAUUGUUUAUAAUGUUUAGACUCAAAUUUUUAUUUGGAUACUUAUUCUUUUCAAUGUAAAGAAUUACAAUCCCAAAUUGAACCAAAACCAGAAGAUGAUAAAAAUAUAUAUAUCUAUUGUGGUCAGAAUAAAGCUCUUAUAAACGAUGAAUGUAUUAAUUUAUGUGGUAAUGGAAUGCUUCAUAGUCAUUUUGAAUAAUGUGAUGAUGGAAAUAAUAAUGGAGGAGAUGGAUGUUCUUCCUUAUGUAAUGAGGAAGAUUCUUACAUUUGUAUUAAUCAAGAAAAUUAAUUAACUCAAUGUUCUUUCAUAUAACAACCUAAUUUUAAUUUACUAUUGCUCUCUGAUAGAUAAAAUCAAACAAAAAUAAUUGAAUUAAAAUUCUCUUAAGAAGUUUAUUUACAAUCUGGGCUUAUAUUUGAACAAAUCAUCGAAUUUGUUAUCCUUCCAAAUACUAGGUAUGGAUUAUCUAUUGUUCCAAUAAAUAACAUUACUUCUCAAUUAAAUAAUCCUCAUUAUUAAAUUACUGUCUAAUUUGAUUUACCAGUGACAGAUCCAAUUUUAUAAAUCAACAUUCAAUAAUUCUCUAUUCUUAAUUAAUAUGAUAUAGAUUUAUAUACUAAUUCCAAAGAAAUAAACCUUGGAACCCCUUUUGUAUUAUCAAAAGUUACUUAAGAAAGAGUAAUCUAAAUUAUCAAAUUGAAUGAUGCAUUUGUAUAUUCAUCUGCUAGUAUUGCUGGGAUUCUUUUAUUAACUGGUAAUUAUAUUGUCUUUGUCAAUUUAUUAGACUUAUUAUAAACGUUAUCUUACAUCAGAUUUAUGCAAUAUAAAUUUCCACCUCAUUUAAUGUAAUUUCUUGAAACUUAUACUAAAAUUUCCUUAAAACCUAUUUUAGAUAAUUUAAAAGUUGAUGAGUUUAUUGCAAGAAUGAAUGGAGGUACUCUGCCAAAUUUACAAAAGAAAUCAUCUUAAUCAACAUAAACUAAUGUUUUAAAUUAGUUUUAUAUAAUAAAUGCCAAAGGAUGUUAUUUAUCAUAUAUUUUAUCUAUGCUUACAUAUAUACUCUGUUGUUUAAUAACUUCAAAUCAAGUUUCAGCAUGGGUUGUAAGAUUUUUUAAAAAUAAUGAAGAAAACUUAAAAAUUCUACGUUUAAUAUCAAUAUUUCAAAAGAAGAUCUAAUAAACAUGUUAUAAUAUAAAGAAACAUUAUUUCACUUUUGGAGUGUUUUAAGUAUUUUAUUCAACACUUCAUUAAUAAUUGUUUAGCACACUAUUAUAAUUUCCUUAUUAUAAUUUUGAUUCUCCUUUUGAAGUAAUUAAUAGUAUUGCUGCAUUAGUGAGCUUAAUAUUUCUAUUUCAAAUAUUUUUUAAAUUGCUAUCCAUCACAACAUCUUAAAUUAAAGAUAAAUAAAAAUGGAAAUAUUUCUUUUAAGAUUCAAAAACUGAAUAUUGGGCAGCUAAUUUCAAAUCAUUUCAAAUAUAUAGAACUGCUUUAUAUAUUAUUAUUAUCACUAAAUUUAUGAAAUAUCCUGAAGCACAAUCAGUACUACUUUCAAUGCAGUCAUUAUUUUAUUCAAUCUACUUGAUUCACUUUAGACCAAUAAAAUCAAAAUUUUAAUUAGCAAAAUUAAUUUGUAGAGAAGUAACACUAUUAAUCAACACAGGAUCAUUUUUACUUUAUAGUUUUAAAUUAAAUGAUGUACAAUAUUUGUUUUUUGGAUGGUUGCAUAUAUCGUUAUUUUGUUUCUUAAUGGGCUUUACAUUAAUUGUUGAUCUUUUGGAGUCAGGGUAAAAAGCCUAUUAUAUACAUUUAAAGAAAGUAUAAGCUAUAGAGAGAAUGAAUAUUUAGAGAUAUUAUGACAAUCCAUUAUAAAAAUUUGUUGAGAUGAAUAAUUUAGAUAUGAAGAAAUGA